AUGAAUAUUGAAGAAGAAGAAAUUUACCCAUCGCAUACCAUCACUAAUUCUUUUAUAUCCACAGUAGAUCAUUUACCAUGUGAUAUUGUACGAUCAUUAUGGGUAAUUCAAUCUUGUAACUUUAAAAUCUCAAAGGCAAAGGAAGAACUUAAUGACUUAUUAAUCCAAUACUAUAAGACACGACAAAUAUCUGGAAAUCAAAUAGAAAGAAUAAUAAACCUAAAGCAAAUCAUACGAAAAUUUUCUGCGGAAACCAUUGAAGAAUCACGAGCAAUAAACAAUCAAUUGAUAACUCAUAAACUUAAUCUAGCUGAAGAAUUAGAUCAAUUACAGAAAAUCCAACAAUCUCAAUCCAGCUUCCUAAAUGACAAUUCUAAACGAAAUGAUGAAUUACGACAUCAAUUAAAAAAGCAUUAUGCCGAACAUCCACUUGCUUCUCAACGUGAGGCAUUGGAAGAACAAGAUCAACAGAAACAGCAAGAGAAACAACGGCAACAGCUCUUGCAACAAAGAAAACAAGAUCAGCAACGACAGAAAACUGGAUUGAAAUUGAUAUUGAAAAUACCAAAGGAGAUCCAUCCAAAGCCAAAACAAUCUUCUUUCACUUUGAAAAUAAAACCAACCAUAACUGGGAAAAGUAUCGCCCUGGGAAAAGUGCUGAAAAGUCCUAAGGAGAGAACAACUGUCAUUAAGCCAGUUAAAGAUAUUCCAACUAUUGAGCCGGAGCCAGAGGUUUCAGAGGAACAAGAAGAAGAUAAGAAUAGUUAUUGUUUCUGUAAGCAGGGUUCAUUUGGGGAUAUGAUAGCAUGCGAUAACGAAGAGUCGUGUCAGAACGGAGAAUGGUUUCAUUAUAAAUGUGUCGGACUUUUAAAUAGAGUAGAAGCAUUAAAGUAUACUACUGGGAAGGUGAAAUGGUUUUGUUCAGAUGAAUGUCGACGAAUAGUAGAAGAAAAGGAUGCCAAACUGAAAGAAGCAAAGAAGAAAAAGCGAAAGAGGAGAUGGUAA